AUGAGUUUUUCAGGUGGGAGAGAUGGAUCUAAAGGUCUAAUGAAGAGGAUUACAUCAACUUUCUCCCUCAAGAAAAACAACAACACAACAACAACAAAUGAUCCAAAACCAGUUUUUCCACGGUCUAGAUCAACAGGUGCUAGCUAUGACUCCAUGAGGCUACGUCAGGGUAAAAAAGCUCUUCCUGAUGUCACAGCAAAGACAAAGAGGACCAAAUCUGCAUGUGUCUCUCCUCAGAGAAGACGUGAAAAGCUAGAUGAAUCCAGGAAGCAGAUAGAAGACAUCGAUUCCAUUUGGUUGACUUCUGAUUCCUCUAGCUCUCUUCUAGGGGAACGUAAAGUCUCUGUCUCGUUUCAUUUCUCACUCGACGAAAGCAUCGUCUCUUGGUUAUCAAAUGCUGCUAAGAAGCAAGAGAACACCAUCUCCACCAAAAGGAAUCAUCACCAGAAAAGUUCAACAAAGGAUGAUGCAACAUGCUCUUCAGAUAACACACAAAAAGAUGGAAAAUCUGUUAGCUUCUCUUUAAAAUCACCAGAAGUGACUCCUUCACCGGUUAGCUCAGCUGCUAUAACCAUACCGGCAUCAGCUUUGGAGAGAGUUACAGAGAUUGGAGGUUCAAAGAGAAAGACAGUUGUGGAACCACUUUUCUGGCCAUUUGAGCAGAAGUUUGAUUGGACAACAGAUGAUAUAAUGAAGCAUUUCUCAAUGUCUCCUCAGAGGAAAAAAUAUAUAGGAUCAAAAAGUGCUAGUACCUCUCCAAGAUCAAUGAGGGCACAGCUUCAUACAAGAAAGAUAGAUCUCAAAGAAGGGUGUAAGAGAAAACUCAUGUUCAAUGGCUCUGGAUUAAACUCAAAACUAACACAGAUUCCAGAGAUGGAACAAACCGAGAUCAGCAGGAACCGAAAACCCAUUUUGAAGAGGAACAAAAGUUUUCCAUCAAGGUUGAGAAACUCGAGCGAAAUAUCUUCAAAAGUGGUACCUAUUGAAGCUACAGAAGAGAGUGUAGAGAUAAGCAGAGAGGGCAAAACACCUAAGAAGAUUAUCAUGACACGAAGGUCCAGGACUUUAUUAGAAGAUGACUUUGGUUUGAUGAAUGAUUUCUCUAUAGAAAAUGCGGUGGGACUUUGUGAGUUCAGGGGAAGAGAAGGUAUUGAUUCAGAGUUCAACACUGAUGGUUUCUUGUUUGAAGAUUAUUCUCUUUGA